CGCCCCCAAACGCAGAACCAAAUUCCACCUGAACAAAGAAAAGUCACAGAGAGAGAGAGAGAGAGAGAGAGAGAGAGAUCGCAAACUGCUCACACAGGCACAGCCAGCCAUGCAACGCCCACAGAAGCGAACCCGGCACGGCGGAGACGGACAUCUCGCCGCCACCCUCCACCAGCAGCCGACGUACCAGCCGCGCCUCUCACAGGAACAGGAGCUCUCCGUCAUGGUCGCCGCCCUCAAGACCGUCAUCUCCGGAGGCGUCCCGGCCGACCAGGGCCACCCUUUCCUCCCCAUCCCCGACGCUGACACCUGCCAGCUCUGCCACAUAACGGGCUGUUUGGGCUGCAACAUUUUCGCCGCCGCCCAGGAGGAAGAAGACAAGAAAAAGGGAAGCAGCGGCGGCAGCAGCAGCAACAACAACAACAUUAACAUUAAUGGUAAUUCGAAGAAGAGGGACAGGAAGAAGAAGAAUUACAGGGGAGUGAGGCAGCGGCCGUGGGGGAAAUGGGCGGCUGAGAUCAGGGAUCCCCGGCGGGCGGCCCGGGUGUGGCUGGGCACCUUCGAUACCGCCGAGGACGCCGCCCGCGCCUACGACCGCGCCGCCGUGGAGUUCCGCGGCCCCCGGGCGAAGCUCAAUUUCCCCUUCCCGGAAAACAUAUUAACCAAUCAGAGCCAGAGCUCGGUCGCCCCACCUCCGGAUCAGCCUCUGCAGCAAGAAAAUCCGUUCGAGAGCAAGGAGAAGGAGUUCUGGGACGUGAUCGGAGACCUGGAAGACAUCAAGAAAUAUAUGAUCGUCGACGAUGGCUUCCUCGCCGGCGAUUCUUCAGAAAGAGCCGCUCGCAGUUACGCAUAGACGUGGUCUUGGAUUUAGUCUUGAUCUGUUGUAUGAUUCAUUCUGUGGAUAGUUAUAAUUUUAGACAGCCACCUACAGGGAAACACAAAUUAAAGAGUUUCAGAAGAGAGAUUUAAGGUGUAAUUUUUUGAACCCUAAAUCCUAAUCGCUAGAUUCGUAAUUGGGAUUGAGAUUGGGAUUGGGAUUAGAAUUGGGAUUUCCUUUGCAUUCA